GUAAUAUGACCAUGUCAUGGGGACUGCCCUGCCUCCAGGGCCAUACCCUCUUCCCAAACCCUUCAGAAAGGCUCUGUAUCUCUGUUCUCAAGCAGAGUUGCAGCCUCUCAGAAGAGAUGCCAUGACCUUCACCUGCAAAGCCCUGCUCUGUCUUGGAAUGACUCUGGGCCUCUGGAUCACAGUGCUGACAGAGUUCCUCCCUAGGCCAAUCCUCAGAGUACAGCCAGACACUGUGGUCUCUACACAGAGUAAGGUGAUCUUCUUCUGUGAGAGGAGUCAAGGAGCCGAACUUUAUUGUCUCUAUAAAAAGGGAAAUCCACGAAAUCCACGGUGCAAAGAAAUUCGACCUAAACCUGGCAAGAAGGUUGAAUUCUUCAUCUCAAAAAUUGAACCGUACCAUGCAGGACAUUACCACUGUUAUUAUCAGAUCCAUGGUCAAUGGUCAGAGGACAGUGAUGCGCUGGAGCUGGUAGUGACAGGAGUCUAUGACUACAAUGAACUCAGGCUGUCAGUACUGCCCAGCCCUGUGGUGACAGUGGGAAGGAACAUGACACUGCACUGUAUCUCACAUAGUCACUAUGAUAAAUUCAUUCUCACCAAGGAAGAUCACAAGUUCACCAGCUCACUGGACACACAGUGUAUACCUCCUAGUGGACAGUGCCAAGCUCUGUUUGUUAUGGGACCCAUGACAUCAAACCACACCGGGACAUUCCGAUGUUAUGGUUACUACAAGCAUACUCCACAGUUGUGGUCAAUACCCAGUGAGCCCCUGGAAAUUCAUAUCUCAGGGCUGUCCAAGAAGCCCUCUCUGCUAACUCACCAAGGACACAUCCUGGACCCUGGAGUUAACCUCACACUGCAGUGUUGCUCUGACAUCAACUAUGACAGAUUUGCUCUGUACAAAGUUGGGGGUGUUGACAUUAUGCAGCACACUAGCCAGCAGACUGACACUGGCUUCUCCAUGACCAACUUCACACUGGGCUAUGUACACCACUCUACUGGAGGCCAAUACAGAUGCUAUGGAGCACACAACCUCUCCUCUGAGUGGUCAGCAUCCAGUGAUCCCCUGGACAUCUUGAUCACAGGACCCAUUCAAAUGUCUACCUUGCCACCCAUAACAUCCAUGCCACCAGAUCAGCUGGAAAGUUAUGUGAAUGCUCUGAUAGGAGUGUCUGUGGCCUUCCUGGUGUUCCUCUUCAUCCUCAUCUUCAUCAUUCUCCAAAGAAGACAUCAGAGAAAAUUCAGAAAGGAUGGUGAAGAGGCCCAGAAAGAGAAAGAACUACAAUAUCCUACAGGAGCUGUGGAGCCCAUAAGCAGGGAUAGAGACCAGCAGAAGAGGUCCAAUGCAGCUGCUGCCACCCAGGAGGAAAGCGUUUAUGCUUCAGUAGAGGACAUGGAAACUGAGGAUGGUGUGGAGCUGGACACUUGGAAACCACCUGAGGGAGAUCCACAGGGAGAGACAUACGCCCAAGUAAAACCCUCCAGGCUCAGGAGGGUAGAAGCUAUCAUUCCUUCUGCCAUGUCAAGGGAGCAGCUGAACACAAAAUAUGAACAAGCAGAAGAGGGCCAAGAGGUGGACGGUCAGGCUACUGAAUCCGAAGAGCCCCAGGAUGUGACCUAUGCCCAGCUGUGCAGCAGGACACUCAGACAGGGGACAGCUGCACCUCCUCUCUCCCAGGCAGGAGAAGCCCCAGAGGAGCCCAGUGUAUAUGCUGCUCUAGCGACUGCUUGCCCAGGAGCUGUUCCCAAGGACAAGGAGCAGUGAUCCUCUGCCUGCCAGGAUGCCUAACAGAGACUGCCAAGAGACUCUGGGAACUUUUGGAAACCUGAUUGCACUUUAGGUAACAACACACUUUGGAAACUAAGCCAGAUGUUUCCCAAUAAUCAAGUGAAGUGAGAAAUGAAAUAGAAGGGACGGUUUUACAUUGAGACCUAAUUUUAAUGACAUUUUUCAUCAAAUGAGAAAAUUUACAGCCUCAGUUUCACAGCCUUAUAAUUCUAACCCAUGGGAGGCUGAGGCAGGAGAAUUGCCUUUGCUUUGUGGCCAUAGUGGGAUAUCUAGUGAAUUUCAUGAUACCCUGGGGUACAUAGUGAGACAUGUUUCAAACAAUGUUAGCCACCAAAGGCCAGGGUGGAAGUAUGUACUUGAAAGCCUAGCACUUUGGAGGAGUGGAAAGGAUGGUCAAGUGGUCAAGGUCAUCUUCAGAUACAUAGGAGCCUACGAGUAAGAGGCAAUCCAGGAACACACUAGACACUGUAAAAAUAGAUAAAUAAGCCAGGCUUGGUAGUGCAUGCCUUCAGUCUCAGCACUAAGAAAGUAGAGACAGGCAGAUUUGAGCAAAUCUUUGUGAGUUCAAGACCAGAUAAUCUACAUAGUAAGCUCCAAUACAGCCAGGGACAUACACAUAAAUCUUGUCUCAAAAUACAUAAACAAAAUAGGGCCAGUAGGAUGACUCAGAAGUAAAGGCACUUGCAACCAUGACUAAUAUCUUAAGUUCAAUCAGCAGGAAAACUAGAAUGAGAAAAGGAACUCCAAGAAAUGUUAUCUCAUUUCUACCUAAGUCCUUGAUGUCCUUCCCACAACCAAUAAGUACUUAAAACAAUUAAAAAAUAAACAAAAACAAAUAACCACAA